CUUGCUCUAUUAGUUGGAGUGCCCCCUUCAAAGAGUAAACAAGAUAUCCAUCUAGCAUUCGGAGCAAUAUGAAGAUCUUCAUCGUGCUGGCCCUGUUAAUUGCUGCCGCGGCGGCGCUGCCUCAAUUUGGAUUUGGUGGCCGACCUGGAUUUGGUGGCCCAGGAUUUGGUGGCCCUGGAUUUGGUAAACCUGGAUUUGGUGGCCCAGGAUUUGGUGGCCCUGGAUUUGGUAGACCUGGAUUUGGUGGUCCUGGAUUUGGUGGUCCUGGAUUUGGUGGCCCAGGAUUCGGUGGUCGACCUGGAUUUGGUGGUCCUGGAUUUAAUCGCGGUGGUGGCGGCGGCUCAGCCUCUUCGUCAGCCUCGGCCAGCUCUUCUGCCGCAGGUGGUGGUCGUGGCGGUGGUGCUUCGGCAUCUGCCUCCGCAUCUUCUUCUGCCGCAGGCGGUGGCUUCCGUGGUUAAAGCCAUUUCGUCUGUACCAAAUGCACCGACACAAAAUAUUCACUUAGUUGAUAAAAAAAU